AUGUCGUUCCUGAAGGCGUGGGAGGUGGUGCCCACCUGCGUGCUCGCGCGGUGCUGGCGCCACCUCUGGGCGUCCGCGCCCUGCAUCGACCUCCGCGUGCGCCACUCCUCCUUCCGCGAUGCCAACCCGCCGGAGGAGUUCCGUGACUUCGUGGACAGCCUCUUCCUCCACCGUGAUGUGUCCGCUUCGGUGGACACGCUCCGCCUGCGGUUCAGCGAUGACUAUGUGGGCUUCGACGAGAAAGAUGCCAACUCGUGGAUCAGGACUGCUAUCGGCCGCAAAGCGCGGGUUAUUCAUCUUGUUGGACAUCGUAAGGGAGUCGCGUCACUGGACCGCGUGCCCUUCGUCUCUUGCCAUCUCAAGAUCUUGAAGUUGUCGUAUGCCAUGCUCGACGAUAGGAUCCUUGGACAGCUUUCUUCUAGUUGCAAAUCCCUGGAAGAGCUGGAUCUGAAGGAUUGCUUGGUCACUGGCCCUGGGAUUGUGUCUACCUCUUUGAAGACUUUAAUCAUGCUCAAAUGCACGUUCAACUGGGAAUUCUUGAUCACUGCUCCGAACCUUGUGCUUCUUCGCCUCAUCACGCCUUCCGUCCGAGUUCCGUCAUUUACGAACUUUGGGUCACUGGUCACAAGCACCAUCAUACUUGACGAUUCUCUCUUGUGUGAUGAUUUUGGAUACAUCAGUGAUGAAGAUAAUUUUGAUGAAACUACUGAUGAUGAUAACCACAACGAUGAUAAGAGUGAGAACUAUAACAUUCAUGAUGACUGUUCCUUGAGUGAUGAUGAUUUUGGAUACAUCAGUGAUGAUAAUUUUGGAUACAUCAGUGAUAAUAACUUUGGAUGCAUCAGUGAUGAUGGCGAUUUUGAUAAGUUUGGAUUUGGAUAUGGUUUUCCUAAAGGAAGAUAUGGACACAGCCGUUACAAGGAUAAUUACGAUUAUGGUAGCGAUAUUGAUAGUGAUGACAAUACCUAUGAAUACAGUGAGAUUGCAAAUGAUGCAAAGUAUGGCUACAAAGGGGCCAAGCUUUCCAGUGAAGAUGGUAAGUAUGGUGGAAAUAGUGGUGGAAAUUAUAGUAAGAUUCUAGGUGGCCAUAAUAUGCUUGAGAGCCUUUCUACUGCUACAAGCUUGGAGUUGUUAACUGAUGCUGGAGAGGUGGCUCUGAGUAGGGAAUUGAAAAGGUGUCCAACUUUUAGCAACCUGAAGACCCUGUCCCUUGGUGAAUGGUGUAUGGCCGCUGAUUUUGAUGCAUUAAUUUUCUUGCUACAACAUUCACCUAAUAUAAAGAGGUUUUUUCUCCAACUUAAAUUGAACUUCGGCAUGAGGAAGGCAUUGGAAACAGGUAUCAAGCUUGAGAGGAGAUCAUUUACUUGCAAAGACCUUAGAAUGGUUAAGAUCAAAUGUUCAAAGGAUGAUGGGAGAGUCCACACCUUGGCACAUAUGUUCAGCGCAAAUGGUAUACCCCUUCAGUAUAUUUAUGUGCGUCGGAGCGGGAAUGCUCAUCUCCGUGGCCAGAAGUUUAUGAGGGACCUCGCCAAGCAAGAACUGGAUGAAUGUGGGGACGACUGGAUGUAA